UUCACAUCUGUUCAGAGCUUAGUCCAGGCGCCAAAGAAAACUAAAAGUCUCCGCCGUAAUUUUUAGGUGGUCAGUUGCCGUCGCCGUUAAUCUUUGUCUGCGCAGGUCUCCACAUCUGUUUCAUUUUACAAAAUUUGGCGCAAUCAGUUUGUUUAUUUCACAAUAAUUCGCAAAAUAAUUGCAAUAAAUUAUCUCCAAUAAUGUCCGGAACAUUUGAACCACGCACCCUCAUCAAUGGCAAUAUGUUAAGAACCCAUUUGGGUCAAAAUAUAAGCAUUAUGUUAUGUGUGGAAGAUGAGGCUGGCACAAAUUUAACUGGAAUCUCUACGGAUGACCAAAAAAUUACUGUGAGUUUGUCCGAUUCGGUGGGAGCGGCUAAAGGUGAUUGGAUAGAAGUCAUAGGAAAAGCAGCUGGUCCCUCGGCAAUACGAGCUAGUGAGGCCAUUUUAUUUGGUGGAGAGAAUGUGGAUUUCGAUAAAGAAGGCUACAAUAUGAUGGUUUCAUUUAUGAACAACUGUAAAGAAAUUUAUCGUCAUGGUUAAUUUUGUUAAUAAAUUUAAUAAUAAGUUUUAUUUGGAUUGUUUUCAGGAAAAACACUCUUCACCACAAAACUCUCUUGCUCUCUGCACACACAUUGCUGAGCUUCGUGGAGCAUUAAGCUUACCCUUUUCGCUAUACUUUAUUAUUGAUGGAAUAGAAAUAAGUGUACAAUAGACAUCCUGAUGAGUAUUGUGGCUGCUGUUCGUGCGUUGUGGUCGUUUGACGAAUUUGGUGUGCUGCGGUAAAAAAUAUUUGCUACUACUACCACAUACUACAACUAUUACUACUACUACUGCUGCUGCUGCUGGUGCUGUUGUGGAAAAAAAGUGUUGCUAGCUCAUUAAAGUAAUGAUUUUUCUACAUUAUAAUGAAAAAAUAUGAAUAAAAUAAAAAUGAAAUGAAAAA